UGAAAAACUUUAAUCUCAACCGUUAGAUCGUUAGAAAAUAGAUGGACGAUCCUGAUUGACAGGCGUUUUUUGGAUUCACCGUUACUUUUUCUCCACUCUCUCAUUUGCUUUUUUCGGUUUCUCUCCCUGACUUCUCAUCCUUUACCUUCUCUCUAAUACCCACGAAAAUUCACGGUGCUUUUGCCUUGCCUUUCUCGUUCUUCUUUGAUCAAUUUCAUUCUCCAAUCUCUUAUUUUUUUUCAAGUUUCUUACUGCUAUCUACUUCGAUUCAUCUAAAUUUAAUUUCCGGUCCCAAAACUUCCUCCUCCCUGACUCAGUGACUCCCAAGUCCCAACUGCGAAGUCCCAAAACUUCCUCCGUUCCUCCCUUCCUCCGCAGGCUGCUAAGCUCCGGUCAUCGUAUCGAGUUCAUCUUUACAGUGAUAAGCUUUACUAUCUCAUUCUACCAAGCCUUUAUUCGAUCAUGAGUGCAAAGGAGGAGCCACCUCCACUGCCAAACUUAAUAACCCUUAAUAAGGGUCUUAAAUUGGCUGAGCAGUGGGUUAAGAAUAUGACUGGAGAUUUGGAGGAGGCAGCGGAAAUGGAAAUCGAAGCUAGACCUUCGAGGCUUGGUCUUGGUGCGAAAGUUCCGCGUAGAUCCCAAGUUGGACCUUUAAACGACCCCAUUGAAAGGCGAUUACAUAAGAAGUUGAGUGUAGGAAGAAAGAAAAGUGAUCGUGAUGAGGAGUCUGUUCCGUCAUCUAAGAAUGAAAUCGAACAUGUUGAUGAGGAUGAUGAAGAAAAUUUAGACAGUAGGACUAAUGCUUUUUCCAAAAAAAGAACUUCUGCUCUUACUACAACACCCAAACAAAAUAAGAAGCCAAAUUUACACAACUAGUGAUAUAGGCUGCAUACUUCUUAGGUUUUCUCUUGUGUUUUUUGAUGUAUUCCAUUGAUAAUUUUUGAUUUAAUGCUAAUAUUUAUGUGGAGGACUUGCAUGACUAACUCAUUGAUGGCUACUAUGCUGUAUAUGGCUGUAAGAAACGACCUUUUCGCUUCGUUAUCUUUCAAUUAUGGUUCGUUUGGUUAUGUUUUAUCUUGGUUCCUAACCGUCCCUCGCGGAAAGCGUGUUUGAAUGAUCUAAGACUUGUUUCCACCUUUUAUUUUAUCGAUUUUGUUGGUUUAGCAACACACCAGAGUCCAGAGUACUAGUAGUUCUCCGACACAGUGUUAAAGUGCUUAUUAUUUCCCAUAUGUGAGUUCUCUCACAUGGAAAACAGAUAAAAAAAAUUUACAACUUUAUAAACUUAUUAAGAGUAUAUAUAUAUAUAUAUGGUCAAGUUCCAGUGAAAACUAAGCUUAUAUGAGAAUCGUGAGAACCAAAAAAUGUGUUAUCUUUUUACUGAAAAGGUGUUACAUUUGCACAAAAAAUGUGUUA